UAUGACAAUUCUGUAUGUGAUUCUAUGUGCAUCUAUGUUACGUUUCAGUAAACUAAUUUACCAUGUGAAUUUUUUCAUCAAAGCUUGUCAAUGUUUAACAUAUUCAAUAAACAUUCUUUUCAUAUUAACUACUGGAAAAACUGAAAAAUGUCCGUAGAUACGAAAGACAUGGAUAAUAAUUUGCCAUUACCGCCGCAAAUAAUGCCAAAAUGUUGGAAUGAAGAAGACAGAAUGAAUGCAUUAUUUUCGCCUUUUCGUAGUAAAUUGACAAAUCCUCUGGAUUGGUCAUCUAAAUAUAAGUUUUGGCAAAAUUUAAUAUACGAAUGGUUGAAAUAUACAAUGCAAUGUAAUUUUUCUAUCGCAGACUUGCAUGUUGUGUUUAAAAGAAAAGGAUGCACACCACUUUGUUUAAUAACUGUUGUUGAAGAGCUUCUGCGGAAUAAUGAAAUUAUUCCAGAGGCUGAAUUUUUAAAAGAACCUUGUGAUUCAUGGGCUGCAUGGUCAGUUGACAUAUUUGUGAAAAGACCUCUUACAUGGUCAUUUUCUAAGGUCAAAAGUUAUAUUGUAAGCGAAGAAAUUAAUAAGGAAACUAAAUAUAUACAUUUGAAAAUCCUUAAAAAUUUAGGAGAAAGAGUCUUCUCAAUUUUAGAAGAUAAAAAGGAAAAUAUUCUUGUACCAUUUUCUGAGAUAGUAAACAGUUGUAAAUCUAAAAUAAACAAAAAUAUAUCAGAUAAUACUAUAAUGUUAAUCUUAAUUUGGUUGAGACGUGAAAAAAAAGUGGCCUUUACAAAUAAUGCUGAUGAGCAUGAGUUACUGAUCAAAAUAACGGUUCAUUCAUCGGAUAAUAUAACAGAAAUUGAAGAAGCACUGUACAAAUUAAUAAAGCAAGAGAAUGAACUUGUAAAAGAAAUACAAUUUAUGGAAGAACUAAAAAUUGAUAUUAUAAAUCAGGUUAAAUGUUAUUUAGCUAAUGGUUUACGCCAAGUAGCAAAGACUCACUUAAGAAAGAAAAUGGAGCUAGAAAAUAAUAUAGAAAAACGAUCUCGAACUCUCGAAAACAUCCGCGGUCUUAUAUCAAGAAUUCAAGAUACUCAUACGAAUACAGCUGUACUAUUGGCUUACAAAACAGGAUCUGAUGUAUUAAAAAAAUUGAGUGAAAGUGGUCUGUCGGAAAGUAAUGUUAGAGAUGUUAUGGACGAUUUAUCAGAAGCUUUAGACGAACAAAAAGAAGUACAAUCUAUUUUAUCAGAAACCUUUGAAAGUGAUGAUUCGAAUAUUGACUUGGAACAAGAACUAGAAGAAUUAAUGAAACUUGAUGAAUCGGUUUUGCCUGAAAUACCAAGUACAACAUUAAGGUCCAAUAUUGAUGAUCUUAAAGAUGAUUUUAAAAAAUUACGUGUUGGAAAUACUGUUGUUGCAUCCAAUACCUCUUCAUUGAAAACAUCAUCGCAAACUAUUAAAAAGAAGAAGACCUUAACUGAACCUGAAUGUUGUCUUUACAAAUGGAUAUACUGGCUCUGUGAUAUUUAA